CUAAUUUGCAUCAUCAUUAGCGAAGGUCCACCACCAAAACCCUCAAGAUGGUAGCCAGUAAGAAGACCAAGAAGGCCAUGGAGUCCAUUAACUCCAGAUUAGCCCUGGUAAUGAAGAGUGGAAAGUUCACUAUUGGAUACAGAAGCACACUGAAGUCUAUCAGACAAGGCAAAUCUAAACUUAUUAUCAUCGCAAAUAAUACUCCAGCUUUGAGGAAAAGUGAAAUCGAGUACUACUGUAUGUUAGCCAAGGUGGGAGUCCAUCAUUACAGUGGCAGUAACAUUGAUCUCGGUACAGCUUGUGGUAAAUACUUCAGAGUAGGCUGUCUUUGUAUCACAGACCCUGGCGACUCAGACAUCAUCCGAUCCAUGCCUGCUGAAUAGAUCUGUUUAGGAAUUUGAUUUUUAUCCUAUUUAA